CACCAAUAUGCAGUUACCGCAUACUUAGUGGUCCUAUAAACAUGUUGUUGGUAUUAUGUGUAGUAGCGUGCUCUCUUUUUGUAUAUUGGAUAAACAGGAGGUACUCGCAUUGGUCUAAAAGAGGAAUACCGGGCCCAAGUCCUUUACCAUUGGUUGGAAAUUUUUGGAAGAAUAUCACUGGGAAAAAAUCAACUGGAGAAAUCAUUACAGAAGUAUACAAUGAUUACAAGGACUAUCCUUUUGUUGGAGUGUAUAGAAAUAUAACUCCAAUACUAGUACCGCGAGACCCAGAUCUCAUUAAGAAUAUUCUUGUAAAAGAUUUUAAAAACUUCCACGACAAUGACGUCGACGUUGAUCCCGAAGUUGAUCCAAUUUUUGGUCGAAAUCCGUUCACGAUGAAAGGUGCUGCAUGGAAACAUAAAAGGGCACAAUUAACAACUUGCUUUACAUCGGGAAAGAUUAAAGGAAUGUAUUACUUCAUAGACAACACAGGAAAACGUAUGGUAAAAUAUAUCGAAGAGCAACUAAAGCAAGCUGAACCUUUAGAGGCCAGAGAAGUCUGCGUACGAUUUACAUUGGACAAUGUAGCAGCGUGUGCCUUUGGUGUGGAAGGCAAGUCAUUUGAUGAACCCUGUUCAGAACUUCGAGAACUGGCAGACAAUCUGUUCUCACCUGAGGGCUUUGUGAAUAAACUUAUGUGGAUGACCUUAUCGAUAGUUCCAGAACUCUUUAAAUAUUUGAAGAUAAAAUUAGUAUCGAAAGAGGUAGAAACUAAGUUGUUUGACAUAGUCAAAGGCUCACUAAAAUAUAGAAAAGAGAAAAAUAUUGUAAGAAAUGACUUUUUGGAUAUUAUAAAAAAUCAGGUGAAUGAAGAUGGAAGCACAGCAGAAGUCAUAGAUAUUCUUGCUAAUGCUGUCAGUUUCUUUACAGAUGGGUAUGAAACAAGUUCUAGGGUAAUGUCCUUCUUGCUGUAUGAUUUCGCAUUAAACCCAGAUGUACAAACAAAACUAAGAGAGCAACUUACUGACAUUUAUAAGAAAAAUAAUGAUCAGUUUACCUAUGAAAGUGUCAAUGAACUUCAGUAUUUAGAUGCUUGUUUAAGUGAAUCUCUAAGAGUAAAUUCUGUGGUAUACAUGCUAAGCAAGGUGUGCACUGAGGAUUACACGUAUACCCCAACAAAUUCUGAUUAUAAGCCUCUUACAGUUAACAUGAAAGUGGGAGAUGUUGUUAUGGUGCCAUUGCUUGCUGUGCAAAUGGACCCAAAAUAUUUCGAGGACCCGGACAAAUAUAAACCGGAACGGUUUUUAGACAAUCAGGUUAAGAGGUAUACCUAUUUUCCCUUCGGAGAUGGACCCCGUGCUUGUUUAGGACAACGAUUCGCACAAACUCAAAUCAAACUAGGAAUUGCGUAUUUAAUUAAAAAUUUCAAAGUAACGUUGAAUAGUAAGACCCAACUGCCUCUGAAAUACGAUCCAUUUUAUAUUUUGAAACACCCUAUUGGAGGUUUAUGGCUAAAUUUUGAAAAAAUUAAUGGGGCAUAUCACAGACACAAUGACAAUAAAGUGUUAGAGACAAGUAUGUUUUUGGUAUUACUAGUGCUUGUAAUAACUUUGUUGGCUGUUUUAAUACAGCGGAGAUAUAGCUAUUGGUCUAAACAUGGUAUACCGGGACCAAGGCCUUUACCACUUGUGGGUAAUUUUGGGAAAAGCUUCAUUGGAAAGAAGUCGGCAGGGGAAAUUGUAACUGAAACUUACAGAAAGUAUGCAGACUAUCCUUUUGUUGGUUUAUACCGAACAAUAACACCAAUAUUAUUAAUCAGAGAUCCAGACUUUAUUAAACAUAUUUUGGUAAGGGAUUUUAAACACUUUCAAGAUAACGACAUUGAAGUAGAUUUAGAAGUAGACAAAAUUCUGGGAAGAAAUCCCUUCCUGAUGAAAGGCGCCAGCUGGAAGCAAAAACGAUCUCAAUUGACAGCAUGCUUUACUUCAGGAAAGAUAAAAGGCAUGUACCAGUUUCUUGAAAAAUCGAGUCAACUCAUGGUCCAAUAUGUAGCAAACGAAAUAAGAAAUUCCAAACCUCUUGAGGCAAGGGAAAUAUUUGUAAGGUUCACACUUGACAAUGUUGCUGCUUGUGCCUUUGGCUUAGAGGGCAAAAACUUUGAGCAACCAUUUUCAAAUUUUAGAGAACUGGCUGAAAAUUUUAUGUCACCGCAAAGUCUCAAGUCCAAAAUAAAAUGGGCACCGUUCUUUUUAUGUCCGGAAGUUUUUAAAUAUUUAAAAUGGAAAUUAAUACCUGAAGAAGUUGAAGACAGAUUAAUUGAAAUUAUUAGGGGAUCUUUGAACUACAGAAAAGAAAAUAAAGUAGUAAGGAAUGACUUUCUGGAUGUGAUUAGUAAUUUACCAACUGAUAACGGUUUGUUCACUGAGAUAGAUAUAGUUGCUCACGCUGCCAGUUUCUUUAGCGAUGGAUACGAAACUAGUUCCAGGGUAAUGUCUUUCUUAGUUUACGAAUUAGCAGACAAUCUUGACGUUCAAGAAAAACUCAGAGAAGAAAUUAAUGAAGCAAUAGCAAAAAAUAAUAAUCAAUUUAACUAUGAAAUUAUUCAUGAAAUGAAAUAUUUGGAUGCAUGUUUAAGCGAAAGUCUUCGGAAAAACUCGAUAGUUUAUCAUUUAGCUAAAGUUUGUACUGAAGAUUAUACAUACACCUCUACCAAUCCCAACUUUAAGAAGAUGACCGUUCACCUAAAAGCUGGAGAUUCAAUAGCUUUACCUUCAAGAGGUUUGCAUAUGGAUUCGCAAUAUUUCGAUGAGCCUGAUAAGUUUAUACCAGAACGGUUUUUGGACGGCAGUAAUAUUAAUAAAUAUGUGUAUUUUCCUUUUGGAGAAGGUCAACGAGUUUGUCUAGGUCAAAGAUUUGCUCAAACCCAAAUAAAAGUUGGAGUAGCACAUCUAAUCAAGAAUUUUAAGCUUUCCGUGAACUCUAAAACACUACGACCUCUACAAUACGAUCCUGUAUUUUUCAUGCUCCAUGCAAUUGGUGGUUUGUGGCUAGAUUUUAAAAAAAUAUAACGAAUCAAAUUUAAAUGUUACUGUUAUUUGCUUAUGUGAUUGUUUUUUUAUAAUAAUAAUUAAAUAUUGAUUC